AUGAUGGCGCUACAUGCUAUCGACGACGACGAGCAAUUGUUUACCCGGGCUAUGACCUCGUAUAGGGAAGCGUUUUUGGUUCGACAUGCCCAUCUCCCGGAGACCCAGCGCCAUCUUCUUUGGCGACAACAGCUCAACCAGUUCAUUCCGUCUUUCGAAGGUGAAUCCAGCUCGGCGCCCAGCCUACCGCUUUCUGGCCAUGUCUCGGGGAAAUCGGGGAAACGAUCUCGACAGGACGUGACGCCGCGAACCCUGCCCUCCACCGAAACCGCAUCAGCUUCCGCUUGUGGCCGUGAUCGCGAUCCGGGUUCAGCUGGUUCAGGUUCAGGUUCAGGCUCAGUUGCUGGCUCUAGUUCCGGGUCCGGCUCUGGUUCUGGUUCUAGUUCUGGUUCUGGUUCUGGUCCUCCGAAGGCAAAACGGCGAGCCACCACCCCGGAUCUCCUCGCGGCCUCCGACCUCAACCACGCUACAUCCCACCUCCCCUGCCAGGAGAUAUCGCACGAGGCCCCAUUCUGGCCAGCAGAGCAGACACAUUAUCGACAUGCACCGAUCAUGAUUCCGGGAUCGAUGAAGAACGCAUCGACGCCGGGAAUGGUUCGCUCCCAGAGUCAGCAAAUUCCAACCUCCCACUGGCCUCUGCCAGCCAAAGUGCCUACAAGGAAACGACAGUCCGUGGGCCCAGCACACCCUCUAUUCCAGCAGCGCCAACGACCGGAGUAUCAGCACUCAGUAGAGUUGGGUGGUCGAUUUGCUACCGUCCAUGACAGGGUCAAUGAGUAUUCCCCGUCCGAAUUUACGAGUCGAUUCGAGGAUCCUGUGAACUCGACCAACACGACUCCCUUUUACCAGCCCGCAAUCAACGUACCCACUUCAAGUAAAGUGUCCGCGUUGACCAGCGGUCUUGCAAAUCUUGGGUCAGAUCAGUCAAUAUCUGUUUCAACUGCGUACAGCGGGCAACCCUCUACGAUCUCCGAAUUUCCACCAGCUGGCGCGGUUGAAAUGACCCGCAGUGGAACGACAGACACCAUCAUCGGCGGGUUCAAUGAUUUUGGUUUGGAUCGCGUAGUACCACCCGUUGAUAUAGAUUCAUCAUUCUCAGUUCCGCCGGGGUGGAUGACGACCUCAACCUCGGUCCCCUUUGGCCAUGAAUCAUUCUCGUCCGCGCUGUACUCGGAUCUCGAUGCAAACGCCUCAUAUCUGUUCUCGCGUCCGUCGUCAUACUCUUCGUCCGCGCCCUUGACGGCCCCCUUUCAGCCUCAGCAGAUCUCAGUCGCGGCACCAACACCCCCCACAUCAAUGGGGGCGCAUUCUCCUGUCGAAGCGGUCGACAUGAAACCUACCAACUCCACAGGGAGCAAUCCCUCUCCUACCACAGCUGCUCCGUCGCGCGCUGUGCGACGGACGCAAGAGCAAAUUGUUCAUGGCGCCCGACCCAUCGCGCCAAAACGUGAAUCCAAAGAGAAUGUCCAGGUUCAGCCAAGCCCUAGUGAUCCAACUCGCAUGAUUCGCAUCUCUUCCGCCGACGGAACCACCAAGGAGGUGGCUGCGAUUCCGAAAGCGUCGGUUCACCGUCCGCCCCGACCCAAAACACAUUGCCAUCUAUGCAACGAUCAACCCGAGGGAUUUCAUGGGGAACAUGAGUUACGCCGUCAUAUUGAUCGGGUUCACGCACAGGUCCGCAAGGUCUGGGUUUGUGUGGAUAUCUCCCCGGACAAGAGUUUUCUAGCAAAUUGUAAAGCGUGCCGAAAUGGCAAGCGAUACGGCGCUAAUUACAACGCGGCGGCGCAUCUCCGCCGAACCCACUUCAACCCCUGUCAGCGUGGUCGUGGUGGCCGCGGGAAGGAUAGUGAGAAGCGCGGGGGCAAAGGCGGUGGAAAUCACCCACCCAUGGAGGUUUUGAAGCUCUGGAUGCGUGAGACGAUCGAACGGACCGAUGAGCGAUCCACCGAUGCGCUUGAGGAGAAUGACCCAGACGAUGGUGCCGGGUCCUUACCGGCCGAUUGUGAGAGUAGCACUCUGGCUCUCGAACACGAAGCUGCCACCGCGCCGAUGACGAGAAGUGUGGGCAUGAACCCUCGUGCAAGCAUGUCAGGUCCUUAUGGGAUGAAUCAGUCCCUCGCACAAACCCAUGCUCUUGGCCAAAGUCACUCUUACGAUGGCUUCGUUGAAAACCCCGCGGCUCUCGACCUCGACAGUACACUGCAGGCUCCUUUUUACAUGGACAGCCAGCAGUUGCCUUCGGAGCUGGAGACAUAUGUCAUGUGA